CUAGAUAUCUUACAGUCAUUUUGAAGGAUACAUCUUCCUUUCAUUGACAUCAUGUUCACUUCAAUGUGUUCAUUAUGACUUGAUGUAAACAGAUGUGAUCACACAAUGAGUUGGUAUAUACAAUGUCGAAUGCAACAAUAACAUGUUUAUUAAUUGUUCUUCAUAUUCUGUGUAACGAUCGUGUCCAUUUCGUAAAUGUAGCAGGUGAAGUAGAGUAUCUGAUAUAUCCAAAUGGGAAGAUGUCUAUUUACUUUGAGAAUAUGCCCGUAGAAUUUAACGCAACUGUUCUGGAAUCGUGGAUCGAUUAUCGACACCGUUGUAUAGAUAAUAAAAUGAACAAAAGUUGUUACAUGGAAGAUUCAAAAGAAACAUGUCUAUCUGCAUCCAAAGUUACUAAGACAUGUCAUUGGUGUUUAAAAGUGAAUAAAUGUACUAAUGGUCUUGAUAGACAUGCUGGUUAUUGGAUAGCAAAGGAAUGUCAUACGGCUGUAAGUAACCAUUCAACUCAAUAG